AUGAACCCUGUUAAAGUGUAUGAGCUCCAGUUGUGUUGUGUUUGCAGGCAUUACAGGAAGCGCUCCGGCUCCAGGUCUAAGAGCCGCUCGCCGGACUCCAAGCGCUCGAAGAAGGAGGAGCAGACGGGAUCCCGCGCCCGCGAGCGCAGCCGGAGAGAGAGGUCACGCAGCCGAGAGCACCGCAGGUCACGCUCCAGAGACCGCAAGAGGCCGAGGCGCUCCAGGAGCCGCGAGCGGAGGCGCAGGAGCCGAGGGAGGAGCAAGGAGAAGUCUGAGAACACAGAGCCCUGCACUGACAAGAAGAAGAUGAAGGAGGAGAAGGAGAAGGAGAAGGAGGAGGAGAAGCCUGAAGAUCAGGACUUUGACCAGAACACUCUGGAGGAGGAGAUGAGGAAGAGGAAGGAGCGAGUGGAGAAGUGGAGGGAGGAGCAGAGGAAGAAAGCCAUGGAGAACAUCGGAGAACUCAAGAAGGAGCUGGAGGAGAUGAAGCAGGGGAAGAAGUGGAGUCUGGAGGACGACGACGGUCAGAGAGCACACCGCUCGUGUAGAAAAAAUAACACAUGUGACAUCUUCAGACAAAAAAUUGAAUUGUUGUGUGUCCUGGACCCGCUGGACGCUUACAUGGAGGAGGUCAAAGAGGAGGUCAAGAAGUUCAAUAUGGGCACCAUGAAAGGAGGCAACGACAAGAAAGGCAGUGUGUCUGUGACCAAAGUGGUGACCGUUGUGAAGACGAAGAAGAUGGUGCACACCACCAAGAAGAAAGGAGAGCUGAUGGAGAACGACCAGGACGCCAUGGAGGUACAGCUUCAUCAGCACACACGUGUUUCUGUGUCAUUUAGAACCAUCGCCUUCCUGCUGCCCAUGUUUCGCCACAUCUUAGACCAGCGGCCGCUGGGAGAGGCAGAAGGACCCAUCGCCGUGAUCAUGACGCCGACGCGAGAGCUGGCGCUGCAGAUCACCAAAGAGUGCAAGAAGUUCUCCAAGUCUCUGGGUCUGCGUGUGGUGUGUGUGUACGGCGGCACCGGCAUCAGCGAGCAGAUCGCAGAGCUGAAGCGCGGCGCAGAGAUCAUCGUGUGCACUCCGGGACGCAUGAUCGACAUGCUCGGUGCCAAUAACGGUCGCGUGACCAAUCUGCGCAGAGCCACGUAUGUGGUGAUGGACGAGGCCGACCGGAUGUUCGACAUGGGCUUUGAACCACAGGUGAUGCGUAUCGUGGAUAACGUGCGGCCCGACCGACAGACGGUGAUGUUCUCGGCCACGUUCCCGCGCACGAUGGAGGCUCUGGCGCGCAGGAUCCUGUCCAAACCCAUCGAGGUGCAGGUGGGAGGCAGGAGCGUGGUGUGCUCAGACGUGGAGCAGCACGUGAUUGUGAUCGCGGAGGAGAAGAAGUUCCUGAAGCUGCUGGAGAUUCUGGGUCACUAUCAGGAGAAGGGCUCCGUCAUCAUCUUCGUGGACAAGCAGGAGCACGCCGACGGCCUCCUCAAAGACCUGAUGAAGGCCUCGUACCCCUGCAUGUCUCUUCACGGAGGCAUCGAUCAGUACGACAGGGACAGCAUCAUCAACGACUUCAAGAACGGUGCGUGUCGUCUGCUGGUGGCCACCUCUGUGGCGGCGCGAGGCCUGGAUGUCAAGCAGCUGAUCCUGGUGAUCAACUACAGCUGUCCCAACCACUACGAGGACUAUGUGCACCGCGCCGGACGCACCGGCCGAGCCGGGAACAAGGGUUACGCGUACACCUUCAUCACUGAAGAACAGGCUCGUUACGCCGGAGACAUCAUCAAAGCGCUGGAGCUGUCUGGAUCGGCCGUCCCGCCGGAGCUCGAGCUGCUCUGGACCAACUUCAAGGAGCAGCAGAAAGCUGAGGGGAAGAGCAUCAAGAGCAGCAGUGGAUUCUCCGGGAAGGGCUUUAAGUUUGACGAGACGGAGCACGUGCUGGCUAACGAGCGGAAGAAGCUGCAGAAGGCUGCGUUAGGUCUGCACGACUCUGACGACGAGGAUGCGGCUCUGGACAUCGACGAGCAGAUCGAGAGCAUGUUUAACUCUAAGAAGCGUGUGAAGGAUCUCUCUGCUCCGGGCGGCGCUGUGGGAGCGUCUGCGGUCAGUGUGAGCGGAUCCCUGACCUCUAUGUCCGGUCUGAGCGGCCCGAGCGCUCCGUCCGCCGGGAACAUCCAGAAACUGGAGAUCGCCAAGAAACUGGCUCUCAAGAUCCAGGCGCAGAAGAACCUCGGCGCGGAGGCACAGGAUGUGAUGCAGCAGGCCACAAACGCUAUCCUGCGCGGCGGGACGAUGAUCGCGCCCUCCGUCUCGGCUAAGACCAUCGCGGAGCAGCAGGCGGAGAAGAUCAACGCUAAACUGAACUACACUCCGGUGGAGAAGCUGGAGGAGGAGCGGCAGGCCACCGAGGCCACGGACACCGUCAAGAGAUACGAGGAGGAGCUGGAGAUCAACGACUUCCCUCAGACGGCGAGGUGGAAGGUGACGUCUAAGGAGGCUCUUCAGCGCAUCGGCGAGUAUUCAGAGGCAGCCAUCACUAUCCGAGGAACAUAUUUCCCACCGGGCAAAGAGCCCAAAGAGGGAGAGCGCAAGAUCUACCUGGCCAUCGAGAGUGCGAAUGAACUGGCCGUGCAGAAGGCCAAAGCAGAAAUCACACGGCUGAUCAAAGAAGAGCUGAUCCGUCUGCAAAACUCCUACCAGCCCACCAGCAAGAGCCGAUACAAGGUUCUGUAGCCGAAGGCGUAGGACAGGCGACCGCUGACGUUUCUUACCUUAUCCCACAAUGCUUUCUGUUAUGUGAGCUUCAUUUAUCUGGACGUUUUUACCUAUUGUUUCUUGUAGUUUGCAUCAGUGAUGUUGAAUGUUUUAGAAAAUUCCAUGUAAUUGGACCGUGAACGUCAUUUGGAAAUAAAGUGUUUU